UCAUUCUCGAGUUCUUAAUUUUCUUUAAUAUAUUUACUUCCCUAAAUUUUUUUUAGAUUUCUUUCGAUCUAGAAUUUUUGAAUUGUGAAUUCAGAAACUUACAAAAUUCAAAAUGCAGAACGACGCCGGAGAAUUCGUUGACCUGUACUGCCCAAGGAAAUGCUCUGCCAGCAACCGUAUCAUUCCUGCUAAAGAUCACGCUUCUAUUCAGAUCAAUUUAGCCGAAAUCGACUCGUCCACUGGUCGCAUAACAGGAAAUCAUAAAAUCUUGACCAUUAGUGGAGCUAUUCGUCGUAUGGGAGAGUCAGAUGACUGCAUAACAAGGUUAGCAAAAGAACACGGGAUUGUAGCUAAGAAUUUCUAGGAUAACUAAUGUUAUAAAUUUU